AACCCCUUUCCUGAGCGUUUUCCGAUGAGAGAGCGACCAAACCACACCAACUACCACAGCCUUCAGAGAAGUAAUGCACGGGGACAUGAAAGGACAGUAGGACAGGAGCAUGAGGGGAACCGAAAACCAACAUAUGGGUAUGGUAAAGGGGUUCUGGAGCAAGCAACCUCCUUUUUCAUCACAAAAUUUCCAGAAGAUGUGGAGAUGGGAGAUAUGUGGCAAGCAUUUGUGAAAUGCGGAAGGGCAAUUCAGAUUUUCAUUGCACAAAAGAGAGAUAGAUGGGGAUGUCGGUUCGGCUUCGCCAGAUUCCUUGAUGUGGGAAACCUGAACUCCCUGGAGGCCAAGCUUAAUCAAAUCAAAUUUGGUGAUCAACCCCUCCAUGCAAAUUUGGCCAGGUUUGCUAAAGGCGACCAUAAAAUGGAGCGGCAAAGCAGAAGAAGGGUGCCACUGAAAGAAAGAGGCAUUUUGUCCUACGCAGAGGCCUUGAAAGGAGGGAAAAGUGAGACCCAUGGUCAGGCUCAAAGGAAGGAGUGGCAGAGGAAAAGGCAAGGAACUUUAGACAAGUCUCAUAUGGAGAGCUGGCACGGGCUUGAGGUAAAGGUUGAGGAAGAAGAUAUGGAAUGGUUGAGAAACAGUUUUGUGGGGUUUGCCAAGAGUCCCGAAAUCAUCUGCAAUCUUCAGGAAAAAUUCCUAAUGGAAGGUUACUUCUCAACAAAAGUAACACCAAUGGGUAGUAAUAUGGUAUUGAUCACUUGCGAAGACAGUGAGGAACUAAAGAAUCUAGUAGAAACUGGGAGAGACUGGCUUGCACAGUGGUUCACAGAUACCAAACCUUGGAAUCCCGAGUUGGUUGCAGCAGAAAGAUUUACUUGGUUGAGAUGCCAAGGGGGAGAUCAUGGAGGAAGUCGAUUCAGGAAGGAAGAGAUGGGGGGUGUCACCGGAGCCGGAGCCGGAGUAGCAAGCAAAGAGGAUAAUUCCGAGGAGGAUCAUGGAUUAGAUCUAUUGGAAAAUGGAAAAAGCAAUGCUAAAGACGGCAAUGAGGAAAUCGACUCUAACAGCUUGCGCAAGGGUAAGGAAGGAGACAGAAAUGAAACAAAACUUGAAGUGUUCGAUGAUAAAAUAGCAAAAUCCAUCUGGGGUGAUGAGCAUUGUGCAUGGGUUGCAAAAGAUGCAAGAGGAAGAUCUGGCGGAAUUGCGUGCGUAUGGAAUCUAGAUUCGUUCAACAUGGUGCGAAGAAUUGAAGGUAGUGGCUUUAUUGGAAUGUUUGGCUUUUGGGGAAAGGAUGCAGUGCCUUGCUCUCUUAUAAAUGUUUAUUCUUCCUGUGAUAAGCAAGAGAAAAGAAUCUUUUGGGGUGAACUCCUCGACUUAAUUAAGGCAAAUGGAGGUGGAAAUUGGUGUGUUGGAGGGGAUUUUAAUGCAGUACGAGACCAAGAAGAAAGAAGUGGGAGGUACAUUGAUGCUGCAGAUAUGAGAGGUUUCAAUGACUUCAUCUUAGGAGCAGGCUUGGAGGAAAUUCCUAUGUGGAGAAGUUUUGAGAUAGAUGGGUGGGGCUGUUACAAACUAAAAGAAAAGCUGAAGAUGUUAAAAAUGGAGUUGAAAGCUUGGAACAAAGAAGUAUUCGGAGGGGUGGAUAGAAAUAUUGAUACAGCUAGAGAAGAAAUAAAGCGGUUAGAUGAAAAAGAGGAGAAUGGUGGGCUUACAAGCAUGGAGAUCGGUAAAAGAAAGGAGAAUUUUCAUAAGCUCAUGGAGUGGAGUAAGGCAAAAGAUAGCAUGCUAUUUCAGAAAUCUAGGCAUAGAUGGUUAAAAGAAGGUGACGCAAACACGAAGUACUUCCAUGGUUGCAUUGUCCAUAGAAGAAAGCAAAAUGGAAUUACAGGCCUUUAUAGCAAUGGAGAAUGGAUCGAAGAUGUAGGUGAGGUAAAGGAGCUGGCAAGAAACUACUUCAAAGGUAAAUUUGAAAAAGAAAAGUGGAGCAGACCUACACUAGAAGACUUGCAAUUCAAGAAGAUUAGUGAAGCUGAUAAUAAGUUCUUAAUCUCCAAAUUCUCUACCGAGGAGAUUGAAGAAGCAGUGUGGGGAUGCAAUGGAACCAAAAGCCCAGGCCCAGAUGGUUUUAAUUUCAAUUUUAUUAAAAAGGUUUGGCCAGUUAUUAAGGAGGAUGUUUAUGCUUUCUUAGCAGAAUUUCAUGAAAAUGGCAAGCUAGUUAAAGGGAACAAUGCUUCAUUCUUAGUCCUGAUUCCUAAGAAGGACAACCCUCAAAGUCUUGGGGACUACAGGCCAAUUUCUCUCAUCAGCAGCAUGUACAAAAUAGUCUCCAAAAUACUUGCUAUUAGGCUGUCAAAGGUGUUGGACUUGGUGAUAAGCCCUAACCAAACAUCUUUCAUUGGAGGAAGACAUAUAAUAGAUGGCAUAAUCAUCACCAAUGAGAUCAUUCAUGAAGCUAAGCAGUCAAAGAAACCAAUGCUGGUGUUCAAAGCAGAUUUUGAAAAGGCAUAUGACAGCAUUAAUUAGGAGUUCCUUGCUGAAAUGAUGAACAAACUAGGCUUCUCAACAAAAUGGCGAGCCUGGAUAAAAGAGUGUCUGUCUUCAACCACUGUAUCUGUGAUGAUAAAUGGUAGUCCUACCA